CCCGACGGCGGCGGCAUGAGCAGGCGGCGGCGGACAGAAGCCCCCUUGGGAGCCCCGGAGAGACCACCCGCCUCCUCUCCAUCGACCGGCCGGGACGGAGGUCCACAAGGCCAGGAAGCACCUCUGAGAAGUGUCCCUUGCACCAGCCCAGCUGAUUAGGUGCCACCACGGCAGAAGGCAGCACCCAGCUCCAUCCCAUGGGGGCCUCGCCGCACACCGAUUCCAGGAACCUCCUCGCGAUGGCCAGCCCGGCCCUGCGGACGUCCUGCUCCUGGUCCCGCAGACCCCUGUCCUGAGCCGGGGACCCAGCGCCGCCCGGGCUGUCCGCAGCCCGCUUCCUUGAGGAUGUGCAACGCGACGCUGGUGAGUUGCCACGUGGACUCCAAGAUCGACCACCUCUUCCCUCCGGCGCUGUACAUCGCCGUCAUCACGGUGGGCCUGCCCACCAACUGCCUGGCCCUGUGGGCUGCCUACCUGCAGGUGCGCCAGAAGAACGAGUUGGGCGUCUACCUGAUGAACCUCUCCGUGGCCGACCUGCUCUACAUCGCCACGCUGCCGCUGUGGAUCGACUACUUCCUGCACCACGACAACUGGAUCCAUGGGCAGCAGUCCUGCAAGGUCUUCGGCUUCAUCUUCUACACCAACAUCUACAUCAGCAUCGCCUUCCUGUGCUGCAUCUCGGUCGACCGCUACCUGGCCGUGGCGCACCCUCUGCGCUUCGCCCGCUUCCGCAGGGUCAAGACGGCCGUGGCCGUCAGCGCCACGGUGUGGGCCAUCGAGAUCGGGGCCAACUCGGCGCCGCUGUUCCACAACGAGCUCUUCCACGACCGCUACAACCACACCUUCUGCUUCGAGAAGUACCCCAUGGAGGAGUGGGUGGCGUGGAUGAACCUCUACCGGGUCUUCAUCGGGUUCCUCUUCCCGUGGACGCUGAUGCUGUUCUCCUACAGGGGGAUCCUGCGCGCCGUUCGGGGGAAUAUCUCCACCGAAAGGCAGGAGAAGGCCAAGAUCAAGCGCCUCUCGCUCAGCCUCAUCGUCAUCCUGCUCUUCUGCUUCGCCCCGUACCACCUCCUCCUCCUCUCGCGCAGCGCCGUGCACCUGAGCAAGCCCUGCGACUGCGGCUUCGAGGAGACGGUCUUCGUGGCCUACCACACGGCGCUGGCUUUCACCAGCCUCAACUGCGUGGCCGACCCCAUCCUGUACUGCUUCGCCAACGAAGGGGCCCGGGGCGACGUGGCCAAGGCCCUCUCCACCUUGCUGCGCUUCCUGGCCAGCUCCAAGCCCCGAGAGAUGGCCAACGCCUCCCUCACCCUCGACACCCCUCUCUCCUCCAAGAAGAGCAGCUUCUGCCGGCAGCCGCUGGCGCUCCCCAUGCCCCCCUCGCAGGGGGCCGCGGGAGACGAGGAGCUCCAGAUGAAGAUACUGACUUUCGAACGCUGAACGCUCGGAGCUGCGUCCAGACGACGCAGAGGCCCCGCUGGCAACUCGCCGGGGCAGGUGGCCGACGGAUAUACUAUCGGACCUAACAAUAAAAUGAUAAUAUUAUUAUUAUAA